AUGCCUAAAAUAAGAACCAAGCAACCGAAUAGCCUCUGGUUAAGGCAACGUGAAUUGGGCAUAAAGUUUCCUUUAGGACAUGCAGAUCGCUUUCAUAAAACCCUUUACUCUUCCAUACAGCCUGUAACUUCUUGGGAUCAUGCGUUAUCCUCUGCAACUCAUGGAGGAGUCUUUAAUUUAGAGUAUUCUCCAGAUGGUUCGCUCUUGUUGGCUGCAUGCGAGAGAAAAACUAUUUUAAUGUUUGAUCCUCUGAGGAGGAGAUUAAUACAUGCAAUAGAAAAUGCUCACAAUGACUGUGUUAAUUGUGUUAGGUUUUUAGAUCAACGUAUGUUUGCAACCUGUUCAGAUGAUAGUACAGUAGCCCUUUGGGACGCUAGAAAUUUAAAGCAACGAAUUAGAACUCUCCAUGGACAUUCGAAUUGGGUUAAGAAUAUUGAGUACAGUCCCAAGGAUAGCUUAUUACUAACCAGUGGAUUCGAUGGUAGCAUAUACACUUGGGACAUAAAUACAUUUACCGAAAAUAGUAUUCUGUAUACUCGUGUGUUUCAUACAAAUGGACUGAUGCGUACUAGACUUAGUCCAGAUGCUAGCAAAAUGUUGAUAAGCACCACUUCUGGAUACCUCAUGAUUAUACACAACCUUAAGUUAAGGACUCUAUCUCAAGACCUUGCAGGAUUUAGACCCAAUAUGUACCGGUUGAUGCAAUCCUCGCAAACCACAAUACCAAACGUGGAAAGUUUCACGCAUCUCUUUUCCAAUUCCCGUACCCACAAUAGAGUAGAAUUUUUAACUGAUUUUCCCGUCGGCGACGAUGCAGAGAUAAUAUCGAGCCUGCAAGUGCAUCCUCAAGGUUGGUGCGCUUUGUCUAGGAACGUCAGCAAUGGAGAGAAAUCUGAGUGGACCUGUAUUCACGACAUACAAGAACGCGAUACGUCUAGUACGGCGGACGAAACGAAAGAAGGGGAGGAAACGGGUCCUCAGUUCAACGACGUAACCGUCGAAGAAUUCGAAGAUUUUCAGCAGCCUCAACCGUCGCGAUCGGGUAUAACGUCCUCGUUCCUAAUAGAGAAUCCAAGUCGUGUCAGGGUGUUUCACAGAAUGUCCGACGGAAGAUCGAACUCGCAUGGAUCCUCGGAUAACGGGCAAUCGAACAGGUCCUCGCGAACCAGCUGGCAAGGCACGUCUCGUAGAGCGUCACGGUCACAGUCGAGGAAUUCGCGUUCGGAUAGGAACGCGACCAGAGCGAAUCUCGGCACGGUCGAGGUUAGCUCCAGUUCCGGGUCAUCCGAGUCACGGAUAAGCGCGGACAGAGAGGACGCCAGACAGGAGGAGAGAGACGUAUACGAUACCAGCGAGAACGAGAGUAUGCACGAGGAGGCUUCCACCGAUCCGGAUCGUGAUUUUGUGAUAGAUUACAGUUCCUCUAGGCCGAAUUCUCAUCUGAAUUAUAUACGACGCAACAUGAUCGACAACUUUUCGACCGGUAAUAUAGAAUUACACGUGAGCACGACAGACGUGUGGGAGGCGCACGUGGCGAUCAGAGAAGCUAGGCUUAGAAGAGAGAGGGAUUGGCUUUCUAGAUCGAGUAACAACACGGUCGUCAUUAUCGGCGACAGGACCAGGGUACAAAAUCAGAAUAGGCAGGGUCAGCAAACGAUGUACGCUAUCCCGAGGAACCGUAUGAUCCAUCAGAACACGCCCAGAUUAACCCAUUACAUCGAGGAACCAAAUGUCGGUUCCGGUUACAUCAAAGAAUUGUGCUUCUCGGCCGACGGACGACUGAUAUGCUCACCGUUCGGUUACGGUGUACGAUUGUUAGCGUUCUCCGGCGACUGCUCGGAAUUGUCCAAUUGUGUUCCCCCGUUCAACGAGUCCGUACAGUUGCACGAGUUGGCGACAAACGUCAGCCAUUCCGGGAUCGUGGUUAGCACGAAAUUUUCACCCAGGCACUGUUUACUUGUUUCCGGUUGCCUUGGCGGGAAGAUAGUGUGGCACGAACCGGUAGUUCAGUAA